AUGACUACCCCUCGGAGUGUGCAGCGUCUGCAACAGACUCUUUCCCAUGUGCAGCCAGCACCCGGAGGUCUAAAAUGGUCGCAUGUGGAAGGACCAAGCACUCCAGAGCUCUUAGAUAUUACUCUGGGAGAGCUCCUGACCCUGCAAGCACUGCAGUAUGGUGAUUACGAAUGCUUGGUUUUCCCCUGGACCGGGGCGCGUUGGACUUAUACGGACCUGAAGGAGGAGACCGAUCGCCUGGCAAGAGGUCUGCUUGCCAUGGGAGUUCAAAGGGGUGACCGGGUCGGCGUCAUGGCCGGCAAUUGUGAACAGUAUAUUUCGCUAUUCUUCGCCGCAGCUCGGGUUGGGGCCAUUCUGGUGGUGCUGAACAACACCUAUACUCCAUCAGACCUUUAUUACGCCCUUAACCACAGCGGAUGCCGGUUUCUUUUCAUGACCCCGCGUAUUGGACGCCACAAUCUUGAGGACAUGUUAGCCGAACUCGGACCAACCCCCAAGCAGCGCGGAGCCUCGAAAGACCUGGAAGAGAUCAUCAUCUUGCGCAAUACCUACCAGGACUUCACGAGUUAUAAAGAUGUUAUUGCCCGGGGCUCUCUACACGCCGCUCACGUCCUUCAGGACCGCGAAGCGGAAUUACGAUCGAGCGACGUGUGCAACUUACAAUUCACCAGCGGCUCCACGGGAAGCCCCAAGGCCGCUAUGCUGACCCAUUCCAAUCUCGUCAACAAUUCCCGCUUCAUUGGUGACCGUAUGAAGCUGACCUCCUUUGAUAUUCUCUGCUGUCCUCCACCCCUCUUCCAUUGCUUUGGACUGGUAUUGGGAAUGCUAGCAGUGGUCACCCACGGUUCCAAGAUUGUUUUCCCUAGCGAGACCUUUGAUCCCAGGGCUGUGCUGCACGCUGUAUCCGAUGAGAAGUGUACUGCUCUCCACGGCGUACCGACCAUGUUCGAGGCCAUUCUCAGCAUCCCCAAACCCAGCGAAUUCGACACUUCCAAUCUGCGCACCGGGAUCAUUGCAGGCGCUCCAGUUCCUCGACCGCUAAUGAAGCGACUGUUUGAAGAGUUGAACAUGACCGAAUAUACUAGCAGUUAUGGUCUUACGGAAGCGUCACCUACAUGCUUCAACGCUUUUACGACCGAUAGCAUCCACACCCGACUCACAACUGUCGGCAAAGUCCUUCCUCACGCGCGGGCAAAAAUCAUCGAUGCCCAGGGCAAUAUUGUGCCCAUCGGCGAGCGCGGCGAGCUCUGCAUGGCUGGAUACCAAUUGAUGAAGGGAUACUGGAACAACGCGGAGAGGACAGCUGAGGCACUGACGACCGACUCCGAGGGCACAGUCUGGCUUAAUACCGGUGACGAAGCGUCCUUUGACGAACAGGGAUACUGCACCAUUACCGGUCGCUUCAAGGAUAUUAUUAUCCGGGGUAAGUCGCAUCUGCGGCGAGAACAUCUAUCCCCUCGAGAUCGAAGAGCGACUGACUGCCCACGCAUCAAUCGAGCUUGCCUCCGUCAUCGGCAUCCCAGACCAGAGAUACGGAGAAGUGGCGGGCGCGUUCAUCCAAUUGGCCCCCGCCAGAGCCGACCAACCGACGAAACCCUCCGCACCUGGACCCGCGAAACUCUGGGUCGUCAUAAAGCUCCACAAUACGUAUUUGUUUUCGGGCAGGAGGGCAUCCCUAGCACUAUACCCGUGACGGGUAGCGGAAAGGUUCGGAAGGUGGAAUUACGGCAGCUGGCAGUGAGGGCGCUGGCGGGACGAGCGGAACGAGCAGCGCAAGCAUGA